AGGAUACUUGCAUGCCUCUUUGACGGUGCGCAGGGGCAAUAGAAGUAAUAGAAAGGAAAAGGAAGGGCCCUUGCGAAGCCUAUCUUCCUUUAUCCUCCUUUAUAUAUUAUAGCUCGUUAUCCGUUCCCUCGCACACACGCGUCGAGAUGCAACGGACGCUGCGUUGUGCCAACAUCGCGGCUCUUUACGAGUUCGUUGACAACAACUUUCUAAACAACAAGCGGCCCCCCAUCCCGGGCGGCGCCUGGCCCCUCGAGAGCCUCCGCCGCAAGAGCCUCGCCGACCUUCAGCAAAUCUGGCUGUCGCUCGUGAAGGAGCGCAAUAUGCUCGGCACCAUCAAAGAGCACUACCUCAAGCACCAGGAGGAACUCGGUGCGAUGCCGGCCCCGUCGCGGCUGAAGAUGGUCGAGGAGUCGAUGGACAACGUAAAGCGCGUGGUGCACGACCGCGACGCCGAGGCGACGGCGGCGGCCGUACAGAUCUUUAAGGAGCGCCUCGCCAGAGGGGUGUACCGUUACCCGCCUGGACCGCCGCCGCCCCCCGGUGCGCAUGACACGACGAGUCGGGUCAAGCUGACGCUGAGUCGCCGCGUGGACCCGGCGCGGCUGCGUGACCUGCUCGGCCGCUACGACGUCUUCGCGGACCACAAAGGCAUCGUUGAGCUGACCGUGACGCUGCCGGAGGCGGUGCUGCAGCGGAAGCAGGAUGCUGAGCAGCUGUGGCAGCAGUACAGCACGGAGAAAAGAGACGUGGAGGAGUACUACAAGUGGGCCGGCAGCGAGACAAGACCCGCAACAGCGAGCUUGUAUGACUACGCGCUGGUCGAGCUCGCACCGGGUGUGUACAGCGGGGAAUCCAACGCUGCAGCGGCGGCGGCGUCGGCUACUGAUGCUGUCGAAGCGUCACCCGAGGCGGUGGGAAAGACGCCGACGUUGGGUGGUAGCGGCAGCAACGGCAGCAACGGUAGCAACGGUAGCAACGACGACGACGUUGCGGUAGUCGAUAACGUGUUGAAGGCGGCGCAGAUUCCCGUACCGCCACCGCAGACGCGUCCGCCGCCGCCGCGCAACCCGCUCGAGCAUAUUAAAUAUCAGCAGCGCUCCACCCUCAGCCGGGCGGUGCUGCAGUUCCACUACUUCCCCACCGUGACGGUGACGCCGCCGCGGUACAAGACCCCGGCGGAGGUGCCACGCCCGGUGCACCCCGACGAGAUCGAAGGCCCGUGGGAGGUCCACGUGACCUACGACGCACCGGACGGACUGGACUACGUGCAGUCGCUCCAGCUGACGUCGAUCGACGGGGCCACGGUGCUGUCGGUGGAGGCCGACGCAGCUGCAGCUGCGCUUCCGCAGCCGUAUGCAGCGGUGGAUCCGGUCUAUCAAGAGGCGGUGAAGCGGGAGAUGGCGCAGGAAGAGACGCUCAUGCAGUGGCCGCACGUGCCGGAGUGGAAGUACGACUACGACGUGUACACCAAGAAACACCUGGCCGAGGUGGUGCAGUACAACUACUCGAACGUGGUCGACUACGUGGACCGCGAGGUGCUGCUGACGGGUCACUCUGUGUGGGAGUCGCCGAUCGAUAUCGACUACACCUGCGGGGGUAUGAAGUCGGUGCCGGCGCACGCGAAGAAGCCGACGCGGUACAUGACGCACGGCCUGGGUGAGAUUGGCGUGACGGAUAUCUAA